AUGGCCGAAUAUUUACUCCGUGACGAAGACCUACAAGACCUGCGCGGAAAGGUCAUUAUAGUAACUGGAGGGGCUACUGGUAUCGGACGUGCCCUCGUGCAACUUGCCCAUGAUCACGGAGCAAAGGUUGCAGCUUGUGAUGUAAACAUAGAAGCUGGAGAAGAGCUAGAACAACAACUCCCGACCGAUUUCUUGUUUAAGAAAUGUGACGUAUCCAUCUGGAAAGAUGUGAUAGAGUUCUUCCAGGAGACGUACCAAAGAUUUGGUACAAUCGAUACAGUUAUCUCCAACGCGGCGAUAAACAAAGUUGAGAACCUUGACGACCUUGACGCAACCGAUAUUACAGACGGAGAAGAGCUUCGAGAGCCAGAUCUUUCUGUUCUCAAAGUCAAUAUGAUUGGAACAUGGUACGUGACUCGGUGCGCCAUUCACUUUUUCCGUAAGCAUCCAGAGACCAGAUCACAACUCGUACUUUUCGGAUCAGUUGCCAGUUACUUUGACACUCCGCCGCUUUACACAUACUGCGCGAGCAAAGCUGGAGUCCUUGGGCUUUUCCGGGCGUUACGGACACAAACAGUCAAGUACAACAUAAGUGUCAAUAUGAUUGCACCUUGGAUGACCCUCACUGACAUGGUCACCGACCAUGUUAAAAAGGUUUGGGGUGACUUGCCAGCAAACACUCCUCUCGAUGUUGCGAAGGCCAGUCUUUUAUGUGUAGUCAGACCCGAGAUUAAUGGAAAGGCGUUUCUCAUCAAUGGGGGCAAGUUCACCGAGGUGGAAGACAAGUUGGAUGAGACGCAGGCAGUAUGGUUGGGGUCAGAGCUUGACAAGAACAUGAGAGAAGGCCAGCGGAGACUGAUUGACUAG